AUGCGAAGUCGUUGCCAAACAGCUACUUCGGAGUCUCUUUCUAUCCCAUUCGUAAUACGACCCAUUCUUCUCGCAGCUUUUGCGGCCUCGACUAUAGCCGCGGAUGUCUCUGUCAUUUGGCGUCAUGAGAAAUCCUCUGGUAGCACGUCGUUGACAGUCCACGCGGCAGAAAACGACGCCAUCCUCGCGGAGAGUUGUGGCAGCUCCAUCGGUACUCUCGACUUCUCUAGCAUCGAUGAGAAUGGCUUCGGCAACGUCACAAUCGGCGAUAGUACUUUCCGGGUCAGCGCCCAGUCCCAGUCCGCUGGCGGCGUCAGUUGCACGAGGGAGUACAACGGAGUCAUCGCCGUUGCCGAGUGCGCCGGCCUCAGCUUCGAUGUUCCAGAAGAUGCUGUUCGGUCCGCGGAUUGCUUCAGCAAUGACGACGCUAAGGCUUCAUUUGCCGCAUUGGAUCCACGUAAUAUUAUUCUGAACUACAUGCCGACGACCGUCGAGCAGCGCAGUACUCAGCCAGAGACAUUCAAAAUCGGUGGACGACAAAUCUGUCACGUCGAUUACGGGACUGUGCGCGUGGGAGACGGCAACCCUCACCAGAACUACCUUCAUAAACGGCUCUCGGAGGUCAUCAACUGUGCUGUCGCCCCAUCUUGCUCCGCCGGAUAUGCAGUGUCCAAAUCUUACACGAUUGGCUGGACCGCGGAUAUCAGCGCUGAUAGUUGGAUAUCCGGCGGUUUUUCAGUCCAGGAAUCAUGGGAGACGGGCAACGAAUAUACGUGUUAUGGUGGCCUCGGCGACUCGGUCUGCAUAUGGUACAACACUGCACAUACAGCUUAUACCGUUAAAAACCAAGCUUACGACACUUGCGGAACACAAUCUCCCAAUCCUUGGGACACGUCUGAUCCAUAUGUUAUGUACAGUCCAAACCAAGCCAACCGCGGCGGUGGGAUGUAUUGCGUUAUUGGAACUUGUCGUGCUCAGGGCGACGGUUACUGGGAUAAGUCUGGCCGGGCUGGCGGUCCUUAG